UUCUCGCACCGUCCAAAAUUUCUCAUGUGCGCCACCAGCCAAUCCGUUCUCGCGACAGCGUCGGCUUUAAAGCCCAUUAAAGCCUGCAAAACGUUUAAUUUGGCUACCCUGCAACGCGAACAGUUAACCUCGCUCCUUUCGUAGGCCAGCGGCCAGCGACGAGCGCGACAAACCAAUCGCUGCUCGCACCACGACACACCCUUUCAAUGCUCGUCUCGUUUAUUUUUGAGACAAUCCUAGCGAGGUAGUGGCUAAUAAAAAAUACGUUUUACGUUUAUCUCAUUGUCGACAUCGGCCAAUAAGAUUUUGAUGUUCGUCGGCCUAUAACCAAUUUAAAUUGCGACAGUAUGGAAUUGUCCACACACUGAAAAAGUAGUCUCGUCCUCUCUGUCGUCGAAGACGUCCUCCACUCGCGCUCAGAAUCGUACUUUUUGAAAGAAAAAUAGAAGACGAUUAACAGCGUUACAGAGCAGCAAAUGGACUGUGCGUUAGACCUGAUGCGGAGAUUACCUCCGCAACAAAUUGAAAAAAACCUCAGCGACCUGAUCGACUUGGUUCCUUCGCUAUGCGAGGAUCUACUGUCCUCCGUAGAUCAACCGUUAAAGAUUGCCAAGGAUAAGGAGUCUGGCAAGGACUAUCUAUUGUGCGACUACAAUAGAGAUGGAGAUUCAUACAGAUCUCCUUGGAGCAAUACCUACGAUCCACCACUAGAGGAUGGCUCAAUGCCUUCUGAGCGAUUGAGGAAACUGGAAAUAGAUGCCAACCAUGCCUUUGAUCAAUAUCGAGAGCUGUAUUUCGAAGGUGGGGUCUCGUCGGUAUACUUGUGGGACUUGGAUCAUGGUUUUGCAGCGGUAAUUCUCAUCAAGAAGGCGGGCGAUGGUUCUAAAAAGAUCAAAGGAUGUUGGGACUCGAUACAUGUAGUGGAGGUACAAGAGAAAUCGACUGGUCGUACUGCGCACUAUAAACUCACAUCAACAGCCAUGCUGUGGCUGCAGACCAACAAGCAUGGCUCUGGUACAAUGAAUUUGGGUGGUAGUUUGACGCGUCAGGUAGAACAAGACGCUCAGAUCAGCGAAACAUCUCCUCAUAUCGCGAACAUCGGCAGAAUGGUGGAAGACAUGGAGAAUAAAAUUCGUAAUACGUUAAACGAGAUCUACUUCGGCAAAACGAAGGAUAUUGUGAAUGGGCUGCGGUCGGUGCAAUCUUUGGCUGACCAAAGACAGCAGGCUGCGCUCAGGCAAGAUCUCGCAGCAGCACUGCAGAGGCGAAAUGCCAACAAUUGAUCUUGUGAAGAGCAGGAAAGUUUCGAUUACGAUUACGAAUAGAUUUUAUGGUAUUUUUGGAUCCUUUCAUCUUGCAUGGGAUCUUUCGAUUUUCAUAGGCGUCUUUAUAUUUUUAGAAUCCGUGGAAUUUUGGAUUCUUGAAAAGUUCUGAAAUUUUUUGCGGCGGUCUUCGAGUUCUUUAUCCGAUAAGUCUUAAGAUCUUGUUGGACUCUUGGGAAUUUUAAAUGCUACGACUUGGGCCUUUUCCAGGUCAAACCGUAUCUAUAGAACUCGUAAAAUUCUUCGAAUCAUUGUCUACAUUAUCGAAAACGAUACCUAUUACUGUACUUUGUUGCCCUAAAGAGAUACGAAUCAAUCAUGAACGCGUUGAUUAAACCUAAACAGUAUGAAAUACUUUGUUUAAUUUAGAAUGAAAUAGAGUUUAUUGUAAAUAUGCGGGAAAGGUGCAACGCGUUUUAGAACGGUAAAUUAGAUAAAGAACAAUGUAAAAUGCAAAAGAGUGAAUUAUAAUAUAGUUAACGCUUACUAUGUAAAAGCUCGAAAAAAAAAAAUACAUUUAGCAAUUCUCUCUUUUGAUUUAUAUUAAGUUUGACGAAUGAUAAUUGCAAAACGGUAAAUUCAUAACAUUUUUGUAAUGUUUGGAAAGUAUUGAUAUUCCGCUUAUACUGUUUAGGGUUAAAUUUAAAAGCGCGUAACUUAGCGCUGAAAAUAAUAUAAAACAGUUUGCAUAACGUUGAAAAAGAAGUAUAUCAUAUUGCAUUGUAAAGAAUUUGUCCUCGCAAAUGGAAACUUUGAAAAUUGUGCACAUAGAAAUUGUAUAAAUUUUCAUUUAUAUCAAAAUUAUUUAGAUUCGAGGAAGUGGCAAAACUCAAAAUUUGUAUAAUAUUUGGACGUUGAAGGAUAAUCCUACCUACGUUAUAUUUAACAUUAAAUCUUACGUAAUUUAAUAUUAAAUCUGAGACAUAGAGCUAAUCUUCUCUGAGAGAUAGUAUAAAACGAUUUAUUUACGUAAAAGUUCAAAAGGAGCGGUUGCAUUUUGCAUUUGUUAAUAAUGAAUCCAUAUAUAAUGCGCAAAUAAAAGUUUUCAAAUUAAACUUUAUUUGUUUGUAUUAAAUUUCAUGAGUACAAAAAUCUGCUGGUACCAUAGAUCCUCGAAAUCUGUAGAUCCUCAAUAUUGGAUUUUUAUUAUCGGAGCUUUUCUUAAACAUAUUCCGUAUACAUAUUCCGGUGUGUUCUAGUAUUCACGGAUCUUUGAUACUACAGAUCCUUGGACUGACAAGUUAUCAAGAUCUCAAAGAUCGUCAGUACCACGAAUCUUGCAUCUU